AUGUGUGGCGGACUGCCUUUUUCUACCCUGAUUUCUGUGAACGCCAUUACAAAUCCGUGCUGGGACAGGCUGGUGAAGAAUUUCGACGAACGACUACAUUGGCCAACACGAAAAUACAUUGCUCGCCAUAUGAUACCGGAAUACGAUCGCGUAUACGUGGAUCUGCUGAAGAAAGAGCUAGAGUUCGUCGAUUUUGUGGCCAUCAACUGCGAUAUCUGGAGUAGCAAGAAACAGCGCGGCUACCUGGGCGUGACUGUUCAUUUUAUUGACUCGUCGUGGAACUUGCGGAAUCAUUUACUUGCGUGCACGCGCUUUGAAGGAAAACACGGAGCGGAGGAAAUUUUCAAACUGGUGAUUGAAAUACUGGAGAAAUUUAAUAUUCGAAAAAAAGUGAUUUACGUGGGCACUGAUAAUGGUGGCAACGUUGUAAAAGCUUUUGAAGACUGGAUGCCUGGUUUUAUGGAAGGGUUCUGUGAUGAGAAUAAUACGGACGAUGGUCCCAUUGAAGCAGUAGGCAAUGAGGAGCACGAUAUCGACUACCUUAGUCCCGAGGAUUUGGAUUCGGAUUCCACUUUAGCGAAGGAUGUAUGCGGUCUGCUAGAGCAAGAGUGUGUUAUCAACGGUAGAUCGAUUCAGUUGCGAUGUGUCGCCCAUACCAUGCAGCUGUGUUUGAAAAACCCAGUAAAAAAUUGUGGAAAGUUGAACGCCGUAAUUGAGAAACUCGCAAAGAUCGUUAGUUCCGCGAAGAAGUCUCCGCAGCAAACGGAGCAGAUUGUGAAAGUCUUUGGACGUGAAUUCACCAGCCGCUGCGUUACCCGGUGGAACACUAACUACAAGAUGGUUCAGGUUGCAGUGAAGUACAACUGGGAAAAAGAUGGACUGAUAUUUAAAGAAAAGCACCGACUCACUACUGAAGAUGUGCGAAUUCUGCAAGAUUUUAUCAACGUGACGAGCACAUUUGAGCAGUUGUUUCUUAAACUGCAGAGCGCGAGUUAUCCCACCGUAUGUCAAGUUAUUCCGGCCGUUUACCUUCUGCGCAGAAAUCUUCAGACAUAUGCUGAUAAUCCGGCUAGCCUGCUGAAGUUGUAUGCUCGCGAUCUACUCACCGAAGUUAAUACUCGAUUCUGUAAUACUGAAAGUGACAGUGUUUAUAUUGCGGCAUUAUUCCUGGAUCCGAAUUAUAAAGCUGAACUGUGCGAUUGUGGGUUUGGGACGUUAACGGCGACCGAGAUGAAAGCGGUAGUGAUUGGCAUGAUGGAGCGAGUGAACUUGAAUAUUUCGCCUGUGGAAGAGCCUGUGCCACUGCCGUCAACAUCGUCAAACCUGUUCUCCGUUUUGAAAAAGCCGAAAUUAUCUGCAACUUUACAAACUUCUGCCGGUCAAGUCCUCAGCGUGAUUGCAGAGUAUGAGAUGUAUAUGUGCGAAAUCGAUCAGUCUUUCGGCGUCGAAGUGAAUCCUCUUGUCUACUGGAAAUCUAAAGCUGAUAAAUACAAACGUUUAUCCCGGAUUGCUCAACAAAUACUGUGCGCUCCCGCAACGACAGCAGGAGUGGAGCGGAUUUUUAGUGUCGCCGGAUACUUGCUUUCUGAACGUAGACUUCGUACGACGGAUUACAAUUUCGAAACACUAUUGUUUUGCAGUCUGAAUCGUGAUCUAAAGCAGCGUGGUGAUAAGCGAACCAGUGAUGAGAUUUCUCGGUAG